AUGUCUGCAACAAUUUUUUAUUUAAAAGAUAAAUUGCUUGAUUAUUUUGAGCAAAAAUAUGGACACACUUAUUCACUUAGUCUAAUGAUACGACAAGACCUGAAGAAUGCCCAUGUUCAGGUACAUCUUCAAGCCCUUGGCCUUUUUUCCAAACUGCUGACUGGACCACGGAUGGUGCUAAUCUACAACAAUGAAAGGAAG